UUGGUCUCCUGUGUCCCCUGCAGCGUCCCCAACUCUUGCCCGGUGAGUCCCCGCGGCGCCGGCUCGUCUGGCUACCGCUUCGGCCGCAACAUCACCUCGGACCUCCAGCUGGCUGCCGAGUAUGCAGCCAAGGCCGUCUCUGAGCAGCAGCACCGGGAGGCCUCCGGCAGGGACAGCCCCAAGGACGAGUCCAAGCCUCCGUACUCCUACGCUCAGCUCAUAGUGCAGGCCAUCUCCUCAGCCCAGGACCGACAGCUAACACUAAGUGGCAUCUACGCCCACAUCACCAAGCAUUACCCCUACUACAGGACAGCAGACAAGGGCUGGCAGAAUUCCAUCCGUCACAAUCUGUCUCUGAACCGCUACUUCAUCAAGGUGCCCCGCUCCCAGGAGGAGCCAGGAAAGGGUUCCUUUUGGCGGGUCGAUCCGUCCACUGAGGCCAAGCUGGUGGAGCAGGCUUUCCGCAAGCGUCGCCAGAGAGGGGUGUCCUUCCGCACCCCCUUUGGACCCCUCUCUUCAAGAAGCGCACCGGCCUCUCCGACCCACUCAGGUCUGCUGUCCCCGCACUCCAGUGGCCUGCAGACCCCCGAUAGUCUCUCCCGGGAGGGUUCCCCAAUCCCCCACGAGCACGACUUCAGCUCCAAACUGGCCUCAGUACCCGAGUACAGAUACUCACAGAGUGCACCAGGCUCGCCUGUGGGCUCUCAGCCUGUCAUCAUGGCCGUGCCAGCGCAGCACUCGGCCAGCAUGCCCAAACCCGUGGCCUACAUGCCCGCCUCCAUCAUCUCCCAGCAGCCCUCGGGCCAGGCCAUCCACGUGGUGCAACAGGCCCCGGCCGUCACCAUGGUGCGCGUGGUCACCACCUCUGCCAGCUCUCCCAACGGCUACAUCUUAGCCAACGCCAGCACUAACCUGCUCCGCGAGAGCUCUGGCGAACACAGAGAAGAGAUGCCCGCCUCAGGUCACCCCUCCAUGCCUACGGGCAGCAGCGUGAUCCAAGCGGUGGGCAGCCACAUCGGCUCGGCCAGCAGGGGGCAGCAGAGCUUCGCCAUCCUGCAGCAGCACCCUGUGGCCCUGGGCCAGCACCAGCUGCCUGUCCAGGCCAUCACCCAGAACGGCAAACACGCGCUGCCCGCCACCAGCAUCUCACCUAAUGCCUAUGCGCUCACCAAUCCCCUUCAGAUCCUGGCAGCCCAGGCCUCCACCUCACCCCCUGUCGUAGUGACUCGACCCCACAGUAGGGAGGGCAGUGAGGCAGCCUCGGCCCCGGGCGAGCCUGAGGCCAAGAGGCCUAAGAUGGAGGACGACAGCAUGACCCCCAUGCCCCAGCCGGUUAUCGUGGCCAUGAACCAGGAAACCAAUGAAUGAGAGUCUUGAGUGCGAGAACAGAAGAGAUGAACGACCUUGGAAACCCUUUUUAGUAAUGUCCCACCAGUAUCAUCAGCUCAAGGUGCCAAACUAUUUGGGGGGGGUGGGGACGUUUGUUUCUUUGUUUUUUUUCUCAUCUUCUUCAUCCUCUCUGUUUUCUCUCUGGUCCUUUUUACAACGAACUGCAGAGUAUUUAAUCCAGGAGUCAACUCUAGGCGUUUAUUGGCCAGAUGAGCUGUAUAACAUGGUUUUCGAGGCAACUUAUUUGAGCUUGAAAUGACUGCAUAUAUCUGUUGUAAAAGCCUUACAAGGGUAACGCUCAAAUGGUUUUAAUGUUUGUUUCCUUUCUUUCUCUGAAACAAGGAUAAAAAUGGUCCCUCAGAUACCUUCCUGCACAUGUUUUAUGUUUGUUUACAUGUGCCCUUUUUUGUUUUUAUUUUUAUUUUUUCAACGAAAGGUACCAUUGAGAAAGUACUUAAUUUGGGUUGGGGGUGGGACCAAGUCCUAAGCAGCUAUCAUCUAAUCUGUAGACAGCAGUCUCUUAGAAAUGAAGCAUUAUGUAUUUUGACUCAACAGGAAGCUGUGGAUGACCUCAGCUGCCUGCACUACUACUUUUGUGAGGAUUUAUUUAUCUAUCUCUGAUAAACGUCUGCAUCAUUAAAAAGCUUUUUCUACUGAAAUUAGUUUGUUACAGGCUAAAGCACAUAAACAUGACAAAAAAGUAAUUUUUAGAUAGAGGCCUUUUUGUAGCGGUUGCUCUUUAACAUGAUAGUACAAUACAAAAUAUUUUUCUAUGGAGGACUCUUUAUCUUGCGUAAGAUAUAUUGAGAUAUUACCAAGAAAAUGAUGGAUAAAUGAUGUUAUUUCUAAAUUGGUCCGUGUAUAGUGCAAAUUAAGAUUAACUCAGUUGAAUGUAACCUUUUUUUUUUUUUUCUUGCCAUGGUGUAUGGCUUUCUCUUUGACCCCCAAGUCUUGAUUGUAUUCAUCAGGAAAAUGCUGUAUUAGCUUAUUACAUUAUUACGUUAGGAGGCCAUUGUUCACAAAAAAACGUUUAAAAAAUGAAUUUUUGUUCAGUAGAAUUGCAUAUUUAAGAUGUAGCACAGACAUUACCUGGUAAUCCCACUGUCUAUAGACAAGCCUCUCUCUCUCUCUCUCUUGGUCCUCCUUAUGGGUCAUGGAGGGCAAUACACAAUAAAUAAGACUCUUGUAAAGUUGACAGUGCUGGAAUAUUUCAACUCAGUCAAGGGGCUACAGAGAACCAAAUAUGCUAUGUUUUCCCUUAUUAAGACCUAGGAAUGUAAAUGUAAUGAUGUAGCCCAUUAAAAUGCUGAGCUUGGGAGGCUAAUGAAUGUCUAACUCUGUUGAAUGUUCUUGAAUAUUCUCUUAAGACUUUCUUAUAGUUUUUAAAAUGGCUUCUUAGUUGUUUGGCUAUUUUUAUUUUAUCUGUGAAGUAUUAAUCAGUCUACAAUGACACUUUUGGCAAAUUGCAUUCAUAAUGAAAAAAAAAAAGGUUUAUUAGUGAGAUUCCAUUCUCAGGACAAUCAGUAAUAUGAUACUAGUAGGAUCGUAAAAUGGGUGGGAAAAUGUACCAGCAUUUGGUGAAACAGGUGACAAUUUGUCGACCUGCAGUGCUCGUGUGUCUGACUCACGAAACCAGGCAGCCUAUGUGUUGGUUCUUAAAGGCUGCUGUAUAGGCUUUAAAAUGGUUGACACAUAAUUCCUUUAAGUGCCUUAGAUUACCACUAUCUUCACUUAAAAGGAAAUGAGUUGUAAGCGGAGCGGGGAUUUCAGAGAAGGCCGUUUGGUGAAGCUUUCCAAAACCCCUGAGGACGCUUUUGUCAGUCACAUAUCCUGCUCUCUCUUCAACGCCUCUGUAAAGAUGCAUUAUACUAGUCAUAUCAUUCUUUUUUUUAUGAUUAUUUCUCAUUUGCUAGCUAGCUAGGUUGACCACAUUCAUUUACAGCCUGUGUCAGAUUGUGUACAGGUAAGCAAUCAGCUGGAUGCUUAUGACUGAUUAAAAAACCUGUACAGGAGAAACUUGGUUGGUGCGGCAUCAGCAAAGCAAUAUGGUGGCGUUGAGAGAAUCUGUACUCUCACAUGAGUCCCAGGAAGAGUCUUGUUUACACCAAUCCAGUGCAUUCAAAAAAUCCCAUAUUUAUCAUUUCUUUUCCUAUGAUUGUUUUAAAUUGUAGUAUUGUUCUAAGCAGUUAAUGUCACAUUCACUUUCUUCAAGGACUAACCAUCCUAUUCUAUUUACUAAACUGAACGACUGUAUACUGGACUUACCUUUAAUGUAUGUCAUGUUCUGGAACUAAACGCUUUACUCUGCUUACUGUAUCUGCUCAAAGAAGGUAAUAUGGGAUAUAAUGCAGUUCCAAGAAUAAUCACAUCUGAAGCAGAGGAGUUUCUUUCCAGCAGUAUCAGACUAAAGAUGGUGUACUGAGCCCUGGCUGAACUGAAUCUUCAAAUGCUGAUUUGAGAUUUGAAAAUCAAUUGUGGUCAUCAGGUCAGCUUGGUAGCUUAGUUUAAAUUACUUUCUGGAGCCUUCUAACUGCUAUAAUAAUUUUUCAACUGCACUUAUCUAUUAUCAGAAACAUUUUUGUUUGCCACCUGUUCUGUUGUUGCCUGUGUAUAGUCAGUCAUUAGAUGUGUUUAGUGCAAGCAUUUCUCACUUAAGCUUCAGUGUAAUAAACAUUUUGAAAGCUCAA